UUUUCUGAAGUGGUUUUAGCCGAAGAGAAAGCAACUGGAAAGCUCUUUGCGGUGAAGUGCAUUCCUAAGAAGGCGCUGAAGGGCAAAGAAAGCAGCAUAGAGAAUGAGAUAGCCGUGCUCAGAAAGAUUAAGCAUGAAAAUAUUGUUGCCCUGGAAGACAUUUAUGAAAGCCCAAAUCACUUGUACUUGGUCAUGCAACUUGUGUCCGGUGGAGAGUUGUUUGAUCGAAUAGUGGAGAAGGGAUUUUACACAGAGAAAGAUGCUAGCACUCUGAUCCGCCAGGUCUUGGAUGCUGUCUACUAUCUCCAUAGAAUGGGCAUCGUCCACAGGGACCUCAAGCCUGAAAAUCUCUUGUACUACAGUCAAGAUGAGGAGUCCAAAAUAAUGAUCAGUGACUUUGGAUUGUCAAAGAUGGAGGGCAAAGGAGACGUGAUGUCCACGGCCUGUGGGACCCCCGGCUACGUUGCUCCCGAGGUCCUCGCCCAGAAACCUUACAGCAAAGCUGUUGACUGCUGGUCCAUCGGAGUGAUUGCCUAUAUCUUGCUCUGUGGCUACCCUCCCUUUUAUGAUGAAAAUGACUCCAAGCUCUUUGAACAGAUCCUCAAGGCAGAGUAUGAGUUCGACUCCCCCUACUGGGAUGACAUCUCUGACUCUGCAAAAGACUUCAUUCGGAAUCUGAUGGAGAAAGAUCCAAACAAAAGAUACACAUGUGAGCAGGCAGCUCGGCACCCAUGGAUCGCAGGGGACACGGCCCUCAACAAGAACAUCCACGAGUCCGUCAGUGCCCAGAUCCGGAAGAACUUCGCCAAGAGCAAAUGGAGACAAGCGUUUAAUGCCACCGCCGUCGUGAGGCAUAUGAGAAGACUCCAUCUUGGCAGCAGCCUGGACAGUUCAAAUGCAGGCAGCCUCAGCUUGGCCGGCCAAAAUGAUUGAAUUCCAGCCCUUCAGUUUUUCCAAGAACUCUCCAUGAAGAUAAACCAAAGAAUGUAUAUACUUAUGUGCAUAGCCCAUGGACACGGGCAAUAGGGUAGUGAAGACCUGGGUG